AUGUCUACAACCUUUGUGCCUGGUAUACUCCACAACGAUGCUCUGGAUAAGUUGAACCUGUACAAGAAAACGUAUCCCAGGUCCGAUACUCAAACUACUAAGAAGCAAUAUAAUUCUUUAACCAGGCUUCCCAGUGAUGUAACCACUAGAAUGCAUUUUGAAACGCUGCUGCUGACUCAACAAAUUGCCUCAUCUCUGACCUCGUCAUCUAAUAAGGAACAGCAAGUUCUUCAACUGAAACUUGACUCAUCUCCAACUUCAACUUCAACUCCAAUUUCAACUUCUUUACAUGAUGUGGAUUUCAAGCUUCUCCAAACCAGAUUAAGCUUAAGAGCCAAAAAUCAACAAGAAAAGAUGAAAACUCAUGAAAUCAGAAUUCACGAUAGACCCUUAUAUUACCAACCACGAAAUAGCAGCAGUGUGAAAAACUUCAACGAUGAAAUAAAAAAUUUCGUACCCCCCAAUGUCAACCUUCCGUGUGGAAAAUCAAGCGCGAGGGCACCCAAGCAGUACAGCUCUACCUAUUUCGCCAAUAAUCAUGAUAUGAAAGAGGUGAUAGAAAGUAUCAAGAACGAUUUACAAGAGGAUGAACUAAUUGAGGCUCAAAAUAUUGACAAUCCUACAGGUGAGUGGGAAAAUCCAAUUGUCAAACAGGCAAUAAAAAGACAAAUUAAUAUGGAAUACUACAUCAAGAUGCUACUUCGAAAUUUGCUUUAUUUUUCAUUGAUAUUAUCUUUUGAGUCAAUACUCGAGAAAAUUAUACUAAUGUAUCAUAUUAAGCUCAAGGCUCAACCUAUCUAUGUGCAAAUGAUAAAAGAGAAUCAGCAAAUCAGCCGGAUGUUGAAUAGUCCAUACUUGUUACUUAUUGAGCGAUUGAUUUUGGUGCCGUCCAUAAUUUGCAUUUUGAUCUCCACAUUCACUUUACUCAAGGGUCAAGAUCAAUGCUGGGAUUUGCCUUUGAAUUCAACUCAGCGUAAACUUAUUGGUUUGAAGGUGGUUGAAACUGCUGAACCAUUAUCAGUAGAUGGCAAAGAAGACGCUGAAUUAACUCUAAAACGAAGGGAAUACGAUGCCGAUAAGAUUGAACCGUAUAAGGUGAUACCUAAAUACCGCAAGUUGAAUGAUUAUUCUAUGUUCAAUAUCGCGCCUAUCCCAAGGCUAAAGGAAGACAAGGCUGAAGGGCAAUCAUUGUUUUCUGCUAGAAAACUGAUGACAAAUUUAGCAUAUAAACGACCCUAUGCCGCUGUUAUUCUGAAUAAUGAUAACAAUAAUAAUACGACUCAAGAACUUCGUGAACUAGCCACGCCGAAUCCGCAAAGAAGAUACUCACUGAAAAAAAUCGAGCAAGCACAAUCUGAGUUUUCAAAACAUUACGAUUUGAAAUUUUGA